AUGACAUUAAGGUUGCGCAAGGCUGGCCUCGCCUUUGACGAUUACUUCACUUCUUUCGGGGGCAAAUAUUAUUUUAAUGCUCCGCAGGUCCAUCUGACCCGCGGUCUAGGGCGAGAUGUCAGUUGCAGUGAGCGAGCGAGAGCCCCGCGCAGCGCACGCGUACUCGCGUUGUUUACGGUUUGCUUCGCCGGCGACGGGCGAGUGGCGACCACAUUCGCUGCGAACCGCCGACCGAGGCGCAAGUGUGUUCGCGAGCGACACUUCGUGACGUCGGCGGACGGCAGCCGACGAGUCGAGUCGAACGUCGGCGACAGUUGUGAAUAG